ACCUUGGCGAUUUCGAUCAAAUCUAGAAAAGCACACCUUACACGAACCAAAGCCUUUUGYUGCWUAAAAGAMUCAUCUGAUCUCUGUAUGAAGACAAUUUAUUCUCGAUUUCAGGAACUAUUUCACCAAGAUAGGCAUGUUCAAGCAAUCUUUUGUUUCAAAGAGAAAAGUUAAUUAGAUCACAAAAGAAAGAGAACGAGCUAAGGCAGCACCAGAACGAGGCUGUCUCUAUAUAAAGUAAAAACCCCAGGCCUGGAUACCUCGUGUCUCUAUGUGUGAUGGACGUGACGAGCUCCAAAAAAACAUGGCUCAAAAAUAGUCCUUCGAACAGCCAGGAAAGCCAAGUAUGUAAGUCUCUCGAUAGUGGAGUCGGCAGUUUCGAAGAAGGAGAUUCUACCGAUUCCACCGGCUCAGCGAUGUCAUCUGCAGCCGAAAACCUCACUACUCCUGCUGCUGAGCCUCUUCAAAAUGGCGAUGGAGCUGCUCAAAGGUUUCAGUUCGUAUACCUUGGUUUUGCUGUCUUGGACCGUCGUUAUACUCAAUCGAUGCUGCCUUGGGUAAUAUCUGAGGUUCGCCGACGAAAGGAAAGAAUUGACAUUAAUCUAAGUGUCGAAGGAUCUUCCGUAAAAGCGCUGAACGUGGCGGAUGGCACAACCACUUUCCAACAUGGUGUACAAAGUAUCACCCGAUGUGCGCGGUCUUUGGACAAGAAAUGCUUUGCUUAUUUGGUCAAGUCCAACGACAGUACAUGCUCGUGUUUUUGCUACGUCUUUGAAGCUAUAGACAACUUAUCGGUUCCUGGUUUUAUUCACUGUAUAAAAGAAACAGUUAAAAACUCUACUGACACUGAAGGAAAGCCAAAACGAAAGUUAACGAGUUUUGAAAAUACYAGCUCUGAAGUCCCUAACACUAUCAUGGUCAAUUUUCCUUUGAAUUAUGUGGGAAAAGUCAUAGUUUCUCAUCGCCAGGCUCCUCCAACACUUAUUGAUGAUUCUGUAGAAAGAUUUAAGAAUCUCAAUCGCAGGAUUGAGCUUGAAUCUGAGUUGCAGAAUCAGAACCAACGUCCACAGGAAUACAGCUCACAAGUUACAACUAGACAGUCACCACCAGAACAGGCCAAGUCUAAUUUACACCAGCGAGCUAUGAAGGCAGCAAGCUUAGAUGCAGAUAUUGUCAUUGGUGACUGUGAUCCUAAGAACUUAGCUUGUCCUGUCUUGCCAGUGUCUAAUGAGGAAGCUAGGCCUAGAUCUGCCAGUGAUGGUGACAAGAAGCUUUUCAACCCCUCACUGACUAAGGACAGGAGUGACAGUGAUCAUCAACCAAGACCUACACAUACUAGAAGUGCUAGUUUUGCUACAAACUCAGAGAACAGGAAUGUGGUGCUCCAAAUAAGUCCUUUUAAUAUAAUGGUUGUCAGUUCUGUCAACAAUGUCCUGCUAAUGGAGAAAAAACUGCGAGAGAUAUCCUUUUGUCAACAGGGUUCCAAGAAUUCAGAGCAUUUUGGUUUCAUUUGUCGAGAGCAGAGAACUACAGGCUAUGUCUGCUAUGUUUUUAAGGGUGAAGCUGAAUAUCUGGUUGAUAGUGUAAUGAGAUCAUUAAAACAAGCAUUUCAUGCUGCAUGGCAAGCAACAGGAACAACAAAUGUUUGUGAAUCAUGCCCUCUCCACCAUCUUCAUCUAAUGUGUACUCAACUAGAAGGUUGUGUACCCUCUCAGCAGCAUGAUUUGCUGCAAAAAGAGUUGGUUCAGUUGACWGAUGAAGAAAUGAAUAUUUUCACGGAGAGAUAUAAGGCAGAGUCUCCCAUACCUGAUGUCAGCGAAGAAGUYGAAGUAGUAAUGGCAAUUUUACGGGCAAUAUAUGAAAAGAGACAAAAACUACACACUCAUACUUAUUCCACCCAGAAUAAAGACAAGCAAGGGUCAAAUCUUCUACAGAAAGCAAAACAGUCAAUUGCAAACUCAUUUGGAAACUUUCGCAAUAAAAGCAGGGGUCGGUCGAAAUCUACUCUAARAGAAGAUAGCAUAGAUGAGAAUAAUCAAAGUGAUGACUGUCAAAAAACAGCUCCUUCCCCRUCUCUAAGAGGUCGUAGUCACACCAUGGACACUCUUGGAAGUGGCCCAACACCACCAAUGUCUCCAAUAGAUGAGAAACCACCAUCACUUAACACUCACCAGAAGUUACGACGAAGUUUUCCAAGGAACAAGUCCACAGACAGUCUCCCAGAAACAUACUCAUCAAAUCCUUCCCCACCCACCACUCCCACAAAACCCCAAUCGCAAAUGCAUAGGAAACUUAGUCGGCAACACUCUUAUAGACAGAACAUUUUUAAUAGUGUUGUCACGCCAUCAAAGAGAAGUUCAAUUUCACAAGACAAGGAAAAGGCAUGUUCGUGGAGUGAAAUGGUGGGAAGAAAAAGAUCAAGCUCAGAACUAAGAGCUCUAUGGAAAAARAGUAUCAUGGAACAGAUUUUAUUGAUAAGAAUGGACAAAGAAAACAAAACCUUAGAUGAUAUUCAAAGGUCAGUUGAACUCAAACGCUUGAAACUCACAUAUGAAGGCCCUUCAUGUGCAGAAUCUGCAAGCGCAAAGUGGGAUGAACUUUUGGAGAGAAAGGAAGCUCAUGUUGAUCAAUUUCUUUUGCAGCAGGCUAUCAGAGAAGGUGUUCCAAUGCCAAGACGUGGUGAAGUAUGGAUAUUCCUAGCCAAUCAGUAUGCUUUAAGAAACCCUUCCCUUUCCAUUGAAUGGACUAAGGGCACUUAUUCAGUUGUGCGAGARGGACAAAGUUUACAUCAACACUCUAUCUUUAUUGACUUGGGUCGUACUUUUCCUGGRCAUCCAUAYUUCAUGUCACAGUUUGGUCCAGGUCAAUUGUCAUUAUUUAACCUGCUGAAGGCAUACUCCAUCCAAGACACAGAUGUUGGUUAUUGUCAGGGACUUAGUUUUGUGGCUGGUAUUCUACUUAUGCAUAUGGAUGAAAGUCAAGCAUUUGAUACAAUGAGACAUUUGAUGUAUGAUUURAACCUUAGAAAACUGUACAAGUCUGACAUGCAGGAAUUACAGAUCCAGUUUUACAUGCUAUCRCGUCUACUACAUGAUUUCCAUCCAACUCUGUAUGAGUUCCUAGAGGAGCUUGAUAUCACCCCCACACUGUAUUCAGCUGGUUGGUUCCUGACUCUGUUYGCAUCCAUGUUUCCUGUCGGCUUUGUAGUGCGUAUAAUGGAUAUGAUACUCCUMCARGGCAUGUCAGUGGUUUUUAAGGUAAUGCUCAUCCUUCUUGGGAGGUGUAAAGAAAGCAUAAUGGCUGAAGAUGGCUUUGAAAAUGCAGUGGAGUAUAUCAAGACAACUUUACCAAAGUAUGGUUUCACAAACUUGGAUUCUAUUGUUAAAGAYGUACUUGAUCUUGACAUUACAAAACAGCUCGAGUCAUACUUGAUUGAGUACAAUGUGCUGCGCGAAGAAGAUUUAAGCUUGGCAUCAAUAGAAGAGUUUGAGCAUCAACGUGCRAAAAAGCUUGAAAUUGAAAACAAUACACUCAGCAAACACUUGCAGGAGCURACKGAGCAAUUAUCAUCAGCACGGAAAACCAUCCAGAGCCUUGAGGCAACRAUAUCCACCAUGCAAAUCAACCAGGCUAACCUGUCAUCUCACAUUCGCACCUUGAAAGCUGAGAAUGAGAGUUUCAAGAAAGCAUUAACAACAACAACAAGAGCUUCCAGUGAACACAAACUACAAAGAAGUAAUAGCAUUGAGGCUCCCGAUGAACCCGUUUCUCCAAAAGAACAGUCUAACUUCACUGAUGAAAACACGGACAGCUUUGAGCAUAYAGGAUGCAAUGACUUGACUGAUGAUGAGGCAGGAUCUCUUGAUCGUGACUCCCCUGCUCAUGAUCUCAGUGAAAAGCACACUGCUUCUAGCCCAUUACUCAGUGAUAAACCAGAUGACUUAGCUGUCAGUCGGUGAACAACUUCGUAAAAGGAGAAAGAUUUCUCUCCAGUGGAGAGUUCCUAURAAGAACACAAAUUAGCAGCAGAAAGCUCUAAGUGAAGACAAUAUAGUUGGAUCAUUAUUUUGCUCUUUCUUAGUUAGUGUAAAUACAGAUUACCAAAAUCUUUCAAGAGGAAAUUUGAUCUUUUACCUAAAUUUGAUUGUAUGUAUGGAUUGGAAGGCCUCUUGUUUUAUAUCCUUACAAAAAAAAUUGUCUGAAUAGGUUUGUAAAAAUGUUGAUUUGACUUAAUGGCACAUUGGUUUUCCUCUACAUUGUUUUGUUAAUUCAUCUUACAAAUGACUUUUCAUCAACAAAGUAGUUUCGUUACAGGCUCGUGCGCAGGUCGGCGGGGUUGAGCGGGUCUUGAGUAAUAUUACAGUUGUUGAUAUUAUUGUCAUAAAGAAGAGAGAAAAAAAUCUUUAUGAAAAAAUCUCCAAAUAAGAGUAAUGUUAACAUCAGCUUGGUUGUAAGAAGGUCAACUUAUUGUGUAAAAGGUUUUUUGAGAGUCCAGAGAAUGCUUAACUGAAACUUGCCAUGGGUGUCAAUAACAAGAUCUUCCUUGAAGUGCUGUAAGUACUGUUAUUUUGUUUGUCCAUGUUAUCACAGAAGUGAAUAUUUUUUCAGCAUUGAGUACCCACAGUGACUUGUUCUAGUUKAUUAUUUUUGAUUCUCUCUUACAAUCUUUUGGCUAUUAUACAGUGCUAACUUUGCUUACACAUACAAUACUUAUUGUAUGCAACUUUGUAUGURAGAUAUGUAAUGGAGUGGUUUUCAGAAACCCAAAAAUGAACAAUGCAAUAUGAGCUUUUUAAGGUAUAUUAGUGUAAUAACUAUUUCAUAGGGUUUUUUUUUAACUUCACUCUAAUGAUUGCAAGUAGCAAAAGUUGUGAUGUAUAAUAUUUAAAUUGUUUAACCUUCAACUGUAUAKCAUUAUAACCAGGUGAACAUACAGGAAGACUUCAAGAGUAAUAAUUUUAUUUCUGUCAAUUGUUCACACACAUUAACUGCUUUUUUUGGUUCAAGUUGUACAUGGUGAACUAUCUGUGAUUUUUGUAAUGUAUUAUARGGGAAUUGAAGAAGGGAAUUGGGGGUUAAUUCAAAAUUUUUAUGACCUGUGGAAUGGAUGCCACACUUGAUGUUCUUUGAUUGGGAUUUGAUUUAAAAUGGUUAAUUURGAAUGAUUAAAUUGGUGUCCAAUUUCCUAGGGCUAGAACUAAAGGUUAUCAGAAUUAUARCAACUUGGCUUAUAGAAUUCAUUCAUCAAAGGAAUCCACUAGUAAUAUAUAGAUUAUAGUGCACUGGUCACAGUGACAAAUAAAACAUUUGCUCAUCAA